AUGGUGAAGCAGACUGUUAUCGCGCGGUAUUACGUUGAGGAAAAGCUCCAGGAGGUUCUUGAAGGGCUCUUCGAAGAGCAACACAAACCAUUCAACAUCAGGAUGAGAAAUGACAACUGGAAAUUCAACGUCCCCAGACUGGUGACCGAGGAAGAAUUACGUAGCUUUAAUCCAAAAGGCUCAAUGAAUGCACCUCAAUGUUUCAUCGAUGAGGUAACUCAACCUGUGCAACUUGUUACCGUCACUUCCCAUGCAUCUGAGAAUAAUGUCGCGGUACUGUCACGCCAGGUCUCAACGGUAGAGCAACUGAGAUCCUUCGUUAGCCUCGACAGCCAUCCCACCUACUUUAUAUCAAUAUGUCAGCGCCACUCAUUUGGUCGAUUACACAUCACAGAGCCAAUGUUGAGUUUUCUUGUCGAGAACUUCGAUCUCGGCCCUGCAUUGUGGGAUCUAACAUCAUGCUUCUAUGACAAAAGUGAUAAUUUCGAGGCUUCAGUUUGCAUGCCUUUUACAGUAUCCCGAGACGGGACCAACAUAGAACGGAUUCUGAUUCCAAUUGCCAAUAACGGAGUUUCUUCAUUCAUCGAGGACCUUACGGAAGCCGAGUAUGAACAUCUGUCUGAUCUGGCCUACUUGGAAAGCCGUUUAUUAGAGAUACCUGUCUUGAUAUCAGCUUCGGAUGAUAUACUGGUAGGGCUCUGUUCUCUCUGUCAAGACAGACGCAAUAACGUAAAGACUCGAGCAAGAAGCAUGGCGCGUGCCUCUCAAUCUCAAUUCGAGCAAUUCCGUCGUAACUGCGCUGCUUACACGCGAGUAUCAUAUUGCCUGCAGAGACGGGCAGAGAAGAUCACCCAACUUUUAGCCAACACUCUGUCCUUUUGCGAACAGUUCAACGCCAAGGCACAGAAUGAGACCAUGCUCGGCUUGAAUAAAUCCGCUAUUUUUAUCACUACUCUUACGCUACUCUAUCUACCUCCAUCAUUUGUAGCUACAUUUUUCGGCAUGAACUUCUUCAGUGUGGACGAAGAUACAAACCAAACUGCCGUUACCCCCAUGAUAUGGGUUUUUGUUUUAUGUUCUAUAGUUCUCACCAUUGGUACUUUUGAACAUGAGCCUCAGAUUUACGGUUGUUAA